AGUGAGCACCGACGCCACACGUGAGGUAAACAGACGCGAUGGACGCACAUUUUUAAACGAUUUCGAUUUUCCCGGAGCUCGUUUUAAGCGACCGAUGGAGAUGAAGCGUCUGUACGUGGGCGGACUCGGUCACUCGGUCACCGACAAAGACCUGAGGGAUCGAUUCGGGAAGUUUGGGAAAGUGGAAGACGUGGAGCUGAAGACCAGGACCGACGAUCGAGGAGUUCCGUACAAAACCUUUGGCUACAUCAACAUCACCAUUUCUGACCCGGAGCUCAAGAAAUGUCUGAGCGUUUUGAACAAGUCCCAGUGGAAAGGCGGGACUCUGCAGAUCGAGACGGCCAAAGAGAGUUUCCUGCAGCGUUUGCAUCAGGAGCGUGAGGACUGGGCUCAGCUCGCCCAGACUCCCCCCGGACCCUCGUCUCAGCAGAAGCUUCUGGAGUCUCUGAAAGACGCCGGAGUGUCCAACUUCACCAUGAAGUCCGCGGUCCCCGGCACCGAGAUCCCGGGACACAAGGACUGGGUGGUGGGGAAGUUCGGCCGCGUACUUCCCGUGCUGCAGCUCAAGUGUCGUCGCGGCGACAGAGUGAGGACGCUCAAGUACGACCCGUCCAAAUACGGGCACAACCUGCGCGCGCUGGCCCCGCCCCCCGGCCCCGAGGACACGCCCACGCCCGUGUCACAGCUCACCUGGGCGAUCGAGGGCGGAGACGACGACAUGAGCCGCAAACGGAGAGGAGAGUUUCCCCCUUUCACCCCGAAGAAGAAGAGGAAGGAAAACAGACCGUCCUCAGAUCUGAUUGGCUUCUGUAAUGGCUCUGGUCGUCCAAUCAGAGCGCUCCGCCCGCCGCUCGACAGCGAAUCAGAAGAAGAGCUGCGGCGGAUCGAAAACGGCUCCCACAAUCCACUGGGGCCGGAGGACGACACGCUGGAGGUGGUUUCAUCAGACUACACCCACAGGAAGAACGACGACGACGGCGACUCGGCCGACACAGACGAACUCUUCUCCUCCAGAAAACCCCAAACCAACCGAAACAAAACGGCCCCCGAGAAAAAGCGCAAGAAACAAAACGGACGCCGCUCCAAAUACGACUCGACGGACGACGACGACGACGAGGAGGAAGAGGAGGAAGAGGAGGAUUCUGGGAAGGAGAGGAAGAAGGUCCAGAAAGUCACGAAGUCCGACAAGACGGACGACGCCAAAAAAGUGCAACUGCGAGACGACAAAACGGAAGAGAAGGAGAGAGUGAAGGGACGAGGACAAGAGGAUAAAGAAGGACGCAAGGAAAGGACAGAGGAGAGGAACCAAGGAGGCACAGAAAGGAAAGAGGAGAUGAAUCAGGGAAGCAAGGAAAUGAGAAAGGAAAUAAACCAAGGAGGCAUGGAAUUGACAGAGGAGACGAACGAAGGAGACGAGGAGACAGACCAAGGAUACGAGGAAGACGAUUCCGAUUCUGAGUCCGAUCCCGAUUACGAGUCCUUGUUUUCCAACGUGGUUCAGUUGGAGAUGUCGCUGUCCGACCUCCAGACGCUGGCGCAGAAAUUCGCCCCCGAGGGUUCGACUCCGACUCCCAGAAUCCUCAGCGUGGACGACGUCGGCGCUUCGCCCAAAAAAGGCACGACGCCGGAGGAGAUCCUGGCGUCCAUUCUGGAGGGAGGAUCGAGCGAUGAGGACGAGGAGGAGGAGGAGGAGGAGAGGAGGAAGGAGAGGAGGAGCAAACGGAAAAAGAGGAGCGCGCCGGUGAUGUCACUUCCUGCGUUCAGAGGGACCAAAGAGUUAGAGUCAGAGAAGAAGGAGGAGAAGAAGGAGACUGGAGGAGAGAGGGAGGAGGAAGAGGAGGAAGAGGAGGCAAAGUCCAGCGGUGAAGAAGAGCGAGAUGAGGAAAGUUCUGCUCAGAGUGAAUCCUCCAGUGAUGAAGAAGAAGAGGAGGAGGAGGAGGAGGAGGAGGAUGAAGGUUCAGGACGUACAGAAUCUUUAAAGAUAUUUACCAAAAGUCCAAAAGUAUUUGAUCCAGUUUAAUACGACGAGUUUGUGGAACCGAACUCAAACAGAGAAAGAACAAAGAAACACAGAGACUAAU